UCCAAUGGGGGAAGCAGCUGCGCGGCGGGACACCAAUCAGAGCGGCGCAGAGAGCAGCGAUAAGGUGGAUAAAGCAGCCUUAGAAUUAAACUGGUGCCUCAAAAAUCUCUGCUCCUUCAGUAAAGCGGUUGUCAUGCCCUUUGGAAACAGCCACAACCUCCUGAAAAUGAAAUUUUCUCCGAAAGAAGAGUUUCCAGAUUUGGACAAGCACAACAACUACAUGGCCAAAGUCCUGACUCCGGAGAUCUAUAGCAAGUUGCGGGAUAAGCAGACUCCCAGCGGAUUUACCCUUGACGAUGCCAUUCAGACAGGGGUGGACAACCCAGGACAUCCAUUUAUUAUGACCGUGGGCUGUGUCGCUGGGGACGAAGAGACCUACGAGACGUUCAAAGGUCUCUUUGACCCAGUUAUCCGGGAUCGUCAUGGUGGCUACAAACCCACCGACAAGCACAGGACUGACCUUCACCCCGACAAACUCAAGGGUGGUGAUGACCUAGAUCCCAACUACGUGCUGAGUAGCCGAGUCCGCACUGGCCGCAGUAUCCGGGGCUUCUGCCUCCCCCCUCACUGCAGCCGAGGAGAGCGUCGUGCUGUUGAGAAACUUUCAGAGGAUGGCUUGAAAAGUUUAGAUGGUGAAUUCUCUGGCAAAUACUAUGCCCUGAAGAACAUGACUGAUGAGGAACAGCAGGCCCUAAUUGAUGAUCACUUUCUGUUUGACAAGCCAUUGUCUCCACUGUUGCUGGCAUCUGGGAUGGCACGUGACUGGCCGGACAGCAGAGGCAUUUGGCAUAAUGACAAUAAGUCAUUCCUAGUUUGGGUCAAUGAAGAAGAUCAUCUUCGUGUUAUCUCCAUGCAGAAGGGUGGAAACAUGAAGGAAGUCUUCAACCGCUUCUGUACAGGACUAUCAAAGAUUGAGAAUGUCUUCAAAAGCAAUGGCCAUGAAUUCAUGUGGAAUGAGCACCUGGGUUACAUCCUGACCUGUCCAUCGAACCUGGGAACCGGUCUCCGUGCUGGUGUUCAUGUGAAGCUGCCCAAUCUCAGUAAACAUGAAAAGUUUGGUGAUGUUCUGAAACGAAUGAGGCUGCAGAAGCGCGGCACAGGUGGUGUGGAUACUGCUGCAGUCGGUGGAGUUUUUGAUAUUUCCAAUGCCGACCGUCUGGGUUUCUCUGAAGUUGACUUGGUUCAAAUGGUGGUCGAUGGUGUCAAGCUGCUAAUUGAAAUGGAGAAAAGCCUUGAGAAAGGCCGGGCCAUUGAUGGCCUUAUCCCAGCUCAGAAGUAAAGUCACUUUAAUGCACAACCUCUAACCUAUUCACUGGAUAUAUUGUAUAAUAUUAUAAAAAUCUUCCUCAAAUGCUGGUCUGGAUUGGUGAAAAGUCUCAUCCUUAGCAUAAAUGUAGUAGAAAUCAUGAAAUUAUAAUCAUUGCAUUGUUGUUGCUGAUGAUGGAUUAAAAAUAAAUAAAUAUACUUUUGGUCUGUACA